AUGGAAAACUCAGUCAACUUCAGUAUUAAAAAUGAAAUGCAAAAUAAUAACAAUGAAGACUCAAUAAACAUUGAAAAUUUUCUUCUUAACAAGGAAUAAUUAUUGAAAAUUAAUUCAAGGCCCAGCCGCUUUGAUAGCUCUUGCAUUUCUCAUUUUUUCAACGAUGAUGCUGAUGGGAAUGCGGACAAUAAAAAAUAAUCAUAUCAAAUCCCACUUGCCCCAGGUUAAUAGUUGCAUUAAACAGAAUAAGCUAGCCGUGAAUGCAUCGAAAAUACCAACUUCGAGUAGAAUUUUGAAAAAUUUUUAAUGGAUCUUGAAGACCAAGAAAAUUAUAAUGAAAUUGAUGAUGUCUCUGACAGCGAGGAGCCAACAAAGGAUUUUUCAUUCAGCAACUAAGUAGCUAAUGGAUUCACCUUAAUGAAAUGUCAAAAAAUAUUUGCAUAGGAAUAAAGUGACUAGAUUACGGGAGUGUUGAAUGCAUCAGCGGAUUUGGAUUAGACUACGGGUAAAAGAAAAAUUAGCAAGAGUGCUAUUCCAAAAUAAUAACUUUAGAUUCUAAGAAAAUUAUUUGAAAUAAACCCGAAAUGGAGCAAGACAGAUAUGGUAUAAAUUUCCCAGGAAACAGGGUUAUCGUUCAAGAAAGUUUACAAAUGGCAAUGGGAUCGCACAAACUAGAAAGACCUAUCCUUCCUAAAGUCAAUGCGACUGAAAGAGAACUAUUGGGGUUGCAUCUUUGCAACUCACACAGCACCCUUAGAAGCCAAAAAAAUAUUUAAGAUUGAAAAAUUGAAUAGAUAAAUUUUGCAGUGA